GUCCUGUUCGUUAGGGUUAUCGAGGUGUAUAAUGGUGCAGAGAAAGUGAGACUGUAAAACAAAGCGGAUUGGGGCGUUGUGCUUCCUUGUGCCUCGUGAGCCUCCGUUGCCUUGGGCGUUCGUUUUGCGCACCCUGCUGGGAGUUGUAGUCCUGGACCCGGAGGUGCCUGGGAGGCGGGAGGGGGGUUGGGGCUUCUCAGCGCCGAUUCCGCGGGAAGGGCCCUGGGGCCUCACACUUCUAGUCGCGGGAGCUGCAGGUCUUACCCGGAGAGACGCUGCACGUGGAGCCCGCGCCGCUGCCGUUCUCAGCCGGCUCUGGAGUGCGGGCGGGGGCAACAGGGCCGAUUCCGGAGUGGGACCGAUCUUUUGAAAUACUUCAGCCAUGACUAAAAGAGAAGCAGAGGAGCUGAUAGAAAUUGAGAUUGAUGGAACAGAGAAACCAGAGUGCACAGAAGAAAGCAUUGUAGAACAAACCUACGCGCCAGCUGAAUGUGUAAGCCAGGCCAUAGACAUCAAUGAACCAAUAGGCAAUUUAAAGAAACUGCUAGAACCAAGACUACAGUGUUCUUUGGAUGCUCAUGAAAUUUGCCUGCAAGAUAUCCAGCUGGAUCCAGAACGAAGUUUAUUUGACCAAGGAGUAAAAACAGAUGGAACUGUACAGCUUAGUGUACAGGUAAUUUCUUACCAAGGAAUUGAACCAAAGUUAAACAUCCUUGAAAUUGUUAAACCUGCGGACACUGUUGAGGUGGUUAUUGAUCCAGAUGCCCACCAUGCUGAAUCAGAAGCACAUCUUGUUGAAGAAGCUCAAGUGAUAACUCUUGAUGGCACAAAACACAUCACAACCAUUUCAGAUGAAACUUCAGAACAAGUGACAAGAUGGGCUGCUGCACUGGAAGGCUAUAGGAAAGAACAAGAACGCCUUGGGAUACCCUAUGAUCCCAUACAGUGGUCCACAGACCAAGUCCUGCAUUGGGUGGUUUGGGUAAUGAAGGAAUUCAGCAUGACCGAUAUAGACCUCACCACACUCAACAUUUCGGGGAGAGAAUUAUGUAGUCUCAACCAAGAAGAUUUUUUUCAGCGGGUUCCUCGGGGAGAAAUUCUCUGGAGUCAUCUGGAGCUUCUCCGAAAAUAUGUAUUGGCAAGUCAAGAACAACAGAUGAAUGAAAUAGUUACAAUUGAUCAACCUGUGCAAAUUAUUCCAGCAUCAGUGCAAUCUGCUACACCUACUACCAUUAAAGUUAUAAAUAGUAGUGCGAAGGCAGCCAAAGUGCAAAGAGCACCGAGGAUUUCAGGAGAAGAUAGAAGCUCACCUGGGAACAGAACAGGAAACAAUGGCCAAAUCCAACUAUGGCAGUUUUUGCUAGAACUUCUUACUGAUAAGGAUGCUCGAGACUGUAUUUCUUGGGUUGGUGAUGAAGGUGAAUUUAAGCUAAAUCAGCCUGAACUGGUUGCACAAAAAUGGGGACAGCGUAAAAAUAAGCCUACAAUGAACUAUGAGAAACUCAGUCGUGCAUUAAGGUAUUAUUAUGAUGGGGACAUGAUUUGUAAAGUUCAAGGCAAGAGAUUUGUGUACAAGUUUGUCUGUGACUUGAAGACUCUUAUUGGAUACAGUGCAGCAGAGUUGAACCGUUUGGUCACAGAAUGUGAACAGAAGAAACUUGCAAAGAUGCAGCUCCAUGGAAUUGCCCAGCCAGUCACAGCAGUAGCUCUGGCCACUGCUUCUCUGCAAACGGAAAAGGAUAAUUGAGCUCCAGGACAUUCUGGGACUCCAAAGUCUUUCUUAAAAUGUUUAGAGCAAGUAUAGCUCUUACCUUUAUUACCGAAUUUGAAUCUUCUUUUAUUUCUAGACUGUACAGUCUGAUGCAUGAUUUUUUUAUAAAUAUUUCAUACUCUUGUGAAUUUGGAUCUUUUUACUUUGAGCAUAUAUUUUAGAAUAUGUGUAUGUUAAAGGAUCUCCACAAUGUCUGCAGCGUGAAGGCAGGUUCAUUGUGGAAUAGUUCGUUAACAGUCAGGAAAGCUAAACUGGUCAGUAUUAAUGUGUAGCCCUACCAAAAAUAGCCAGUAGUAUCUGAAAAUGAAAAAUAAAUGAAGUAUCUCCAGGAAACAGUCUGGCUUAACUAUUUUUGAAAAUAUAACUGUUUCCCCUCUCUGCUGCUUUAGAUGUUGCUUUACAUAGAACCAGAAAAUGGAAUUUCUCAGCUAAAGCAUGUGUGCCUGUUUCAUCUAAUCAAGCAGAGCUUAAAAUGUUCAUAUCAAAUAAAUUUAUAUUAAUAAAUUACUAAACUAAGAGUAUCAGGUUAUUUAUAUAUUUGCAAGCAAAGGACAGUAAGAAGUUGACUGGCAAAAAGAGCAGUGCUGAAGGAGGAGAUCCAGGUUUAAAUCUGGCUUAUUAACUCAAGCCAAUUGUAAGGAUUUUCUGUAUAGAUUAUUCAUGUCAGACCAAGAAUUUAAAUUAUUUUGAGAGAGGCAUUUAAUUCUAAUAAACCAGCUGUUACAAAAAUUAUAAAAUGAUCUCUGUUUUUCCUGUCAGAGAUUUAAAAAACUGAAAAGGUAUACCUCAACCCAAAAGUAAAGGUUUGGUUUGGUUUGUUAUGGCUUUUUUUUAAAGUUACCCUGUAGUGCCAGUUUAUUAUGCAAAGCAGCUUAUAUUCCUGUGUUUCUGAUAAAAUGAAGACUUUAAAUUAGUCAGCAGUACUUUACCUUUCAAGGCAUUAGUAAAUUACUUGCAAAUAGUUUUAAAAAGAAAAUUCGACCUCUGUUAUAGGCAGUCUUCUCUUUAAGAUAAUACUUUUCCACUUAUUUUUUUCCUUUUCCAUAUUAUAUAUGUGUAUACAUAUAUCUAUAUAUUCAGUUGAUCAUUUUAUAAACAUAUAUGAAGGCAUAAAGAUAUACAGAAGAAAAAUUACUCAUAAGAUUCAAAUUAAUUCCUGCAUAUAUGACAUUCCUUACAUAAGCUAACACUAAACAAAAAUGGCUAGAAAUAUUUUUCUUUUCUGUUUUUGUUGUUUAAGGUAUUAAGCACAAAUUAUUAUAUGAGACUGGCAGAUAGCUAUUAAUGCUCUUACAGAUUUGAGAAGGUUGAUUCUCAAAUAUUUAUGCACGCACCUUCUCCUUCAUUGUUUUCUUUAAAUCUGUCCCCUUAAAAAGCUUCUUAAGAGCUCAGUUAAUGCUUUUAACUAGGAGAAAAAGGCAUGUUAAUACAGGCAAGAUGGCAUUGUUAGCAAUUCUGGUAAUGGUUUAGAAUGAAUCAUAAGAGGCAGGGUUCUUAAGGACAAGGAAGAGAGGAGAGAGAGGAGGGAUCUUUGAUCUCUUUCUCUGGUAAUCUUAACGCAUAAUUUUACUACAACAUGUUCUCUUAAUUCAUUUAUAUUAAGUCCUUUCUGCAGCUGAUAUCUGAGCAGAGUAAAAUUUGUAUGUCCAUUAUUACUAAGAAUGUCUGAGUAAAAUAACAAUAUGAAAUAAUAUACAGAAGCUGUAGCGUCAGAUAGCAAAUAGCUAGAAAGGUUUUGCACCAUCCUCUUACGGCCUAGGGAGUUGACAAGUUGCUUGUAGUUUUUAAAAAAAUAAUAAAAUAUACCAUUCUGGUAUAUCAUCAAGAGCUUAAGAAUCUUGGCUUUCAUAUUUAAAAUGCUUUUGGGGAGACAUAUAUUAAAAUGUUAGCCAGGAUGACAGACAUGUCUCAAUUACAUAUGUGUGUAUAUGUUUUUAAAGCUAGAAACAUUAGUUUUAGAUCCCUAGAAUGAAAAUUCUUUUCUCAUCUAUGCGAUUCCCAUAUGGUUUUUUUUAAAUCAUAUUUUAUUCAUUUUCUCCUUUUAGCAAUUUUCAUCUUAUUUCUCAUAAUUUGAACAGAGACAGUUCUCAUACAUGAUCAGAUGCUUUUUUUUUCUUCUUACCAUCAUUUAUGCGUGACAUAGGUAAAGUAAUAUGACUAAUUUCUCCAGUUGAUUCAAGAAACUCAUUACUUUGCCUUAAAUUAUAUGUAAAAUAUUUGUUUUACUUACAGUUAUCAGAAAGCCAGGUAGUUUUUUCUCUUCUGUUAAAAGAUAACAUAUUGUGAAAGAAAAUAAAAUUCAUGCUAUUCAUUCUUUUUUAUAAAUGAAUUUUUCAUACAAUUUACAGUAUAUUCAAAGGAAGAAAGAUAAAAUUACUGGUCAUCAUUUGUACCUUAGAAGUACAAGAAUUUAAGUAAAUGUUCCUUUUUGUUUUAAAACUUGUUUUCCAUGUGAAGUUUUUAUUGAGCCAACUUUCAUACAUAUCUCGCCAGCCUAAAGUCUAAAUAUUUGUGUUGGCAUCAGAAAAACCAGUUAGGCAGAAUUGUUUUGCAUGGUCGAUCUUCAGAUAAAUUGACUGAUCACAUUUAUUUUUGUAUCAGUCUAUGUCAUUUAAUUAGGAAAAAUUGUUUAGGUGUUUUCUCCCCUGAUUAAUGGUGAUACUCAAGUAUGAUACAAAAAGAAUUGUACCACCAAAUAUUUUUGCAAGGUCUGCUGUUUUCCAUAUUCCUUUUAUGCUACUGCCUUUAAGAAAGAACUAGUAUCCUUGAAAUAGCACAAAAAUGUUUUAAAAUUCAUAAUUGCAAAACAAACCUGUGACUAACUUAAUGUCUUCAGAUCUAAAGGGUGUAAAAAUAUUGAUACUUCAAUAUUUCACUUGCUACCAGGAAAAAAAAAAAUUCUCAAUCUUUUGUAAAUGGGAGGAGGACUUUUGCAUACAUUUUUACUCUUUAAAUAACGACAACGACACUUAUACUGUCAUAAUAACAAUUAUGUAUUUCUUUGUGGUUUUAAUUUUUUUUGUAAUUUUACAUAAAACAGUUAUUUUCUAUUUUUACGCAGAUAAAAAAUAUUUGUGCAUAAAAUGUAAAAAUAGUAAAAUGAGAAAAAUAAAACUAUUAUACAGUA